CCAGGGCCCCUCGCCGCCGCCACCAUGGACGCCAUCAAGAAGAAGAUGCAGAUGCUGAAGCUCGACAAGGAGAACGCCUUGGAUCGAGCUGAGCAGGCGGAGGCCGACAAGAAGGCGGCGGAAGACAGGAGCAAGCAGCUGGAAGAUGAGCUGGUGUCACUGCAAAAGAAACUCAAGGGCACCGAAGAUGAACUGGACAAAUACUCUGAGGCUCUCAAAGAUGCCCAGGAGAAGCUGGAGCUGGCAGAGAAAAAGGCCACCGAUGCUGAAGCCGACGUAGCUUCUCUGAACAGACGCAUCCAGCUGGUUGAGGAAGAGUUGGAUCGUGCCCAGGAGCGUCUGGCAACAGCUUUGCAGAAGCUGGAGGAAGCUGAGAAGGCAGCAGAUGAGAGUGAGAGAGGCAUGAAAGUCAUUGAGAGUCGAGCCCAAAAAGAUGAAGAAAAAAUGGAAAUUCAGGAGAUCCAACUGAAAGAGGCAAAGCACAUUGCUGAAGAUGCCGACCGCAAAUAUGAAGAGGUGGCCCGUAAGCUGGUCAUCAUUGAGAGCGACCUGGAACGUGCAGAGGAGCGGGCUGAGCUCUCAGAAGGCCAAGUCCGACAGCUGGAAGAACAAUUAAGAAUAAUGGAUCAGACCUUGAAAGCAUUAAUGGCUGCAGAGGAUAAGUACUCGCAGAAGGAAGACAGAUAUGAGGAAGAGAUCAAGGUCCUUUCCGACAAGCUGAAGGAGGCUGAGACUCGGGCUGAGUUUGCGGAG